AUGCCCCAACCUCCCACAAUUCUAUUCUACCGACUCUACAGUGUCAAGGCUCCGCGACUCAACGUGCGCUGGUUCUAUGCCACGGAUAUCCCUACCACUAAACCAACCGUGAAAACCUACAUACAAAAACACCGGGCACGGAACUUUCUUCCCUUUUCCGAAUUGGAUUCUCGGUGUAUAGAGACCCAAUUCCAGAAGUACAAAGCCAGUGGAGGAGAUACUCGCUACCAAUUGGUCCCUGUGCAUGAAGACCAACUAUUUGACUGCGAUUUGAAGGCCCGGCAAUUGAGACCUGCCUACUGGAGUGGCCCGUCCUACGAGAUUCGAAGAGGCACUUGGUUUGUAGAUGGCUCACCUGUUUCUGAGUCAAUUGCCGAUCAGUUGGAACGUGCCUAUUCCAAGAUCAAACCUUAUGAUCGUGUCUCUGUUGUGGAUGCCGACGAAGGUAGUGGACAGGAACUUUCUGCAUGCUACGAAUCUGAUUGUCUUAUAGUUCCUGAGACUGAUCUGUACAAGAAGCGAACUGGCAAAGAUUGGCCUUUCCAGGAUCCUCCGGAUUUGUGCUGUAAUGCCAAAGCUGCUGUUUUUAUUGACGGCCAUAAUGCUGUACUUUUUGACCCGGAAACAGGAUCACGUAAGAUAUUUGUAGAUGCGUUUGCCAAGUCACUCAAGAAGGGUAUUAUGGGCUGCUAUUGCUUGACACGAGGUGUUGAUGAGGAUAACAGUGAAGCACAAAAUAAAGAGGAGGAGAAUAAGCAGGACACGAAAUCGGUGAAGACCACAGAAGCUGCCAUUCCCGAGACUCUUAGCAGUGCCAUGGAGAUGGUGCAAUCGCUUAAAAAGACGUUGGACUACGAAUUUUCCAACGAACGGUUCCAGAAGGAUAUGGAAGGUGACUUUGCCAAUGAUCCAAGCCUAAUUGAAAACUCAGGUGAUCGAGAAGUGGAUCACUUGAUUCUUUGCGUUCAUGGAAUCGGUCAAUCGCUCAGCUCAAAGUUCUCUGGUGUCAAUUUUGCCCACGAUUGCAGCAAUUUGAGACGUCUAUUGAAAACAUUGUUCAAAAAUGACCCCGAAAAGUACGGCAAACUAGCAUAUCCUUCCGGUACAGACCUGUCCAGCACGACCGUACGCAACUGUAAAGUUCAAGUGCUUCCAAUCGUUUGGAGAUACGAUAUAGAUUUUUCUUGGGAUCAUGUAUACGAUGGAUUUGCAGAAGACGGGUCUCUUAAGCUUCCAAAACUAAGCGAGCUCAAGAUUGACGGUGUAACAUCUUUGAGAACACUUGCAGCCGAUGUAGUGCUUGAUCUUUUGCUCUAUUACGAGCCCUCGUUCAAGAAGCAGAUCCUUGACAGCGUGAUAAGAUCUGCCAACGGUCUCUAUGACAAAUAUAUGGAAAGGCAUCCUAAUUUCAAGGGUAAAGUGUCACUUUGCGGCCAUUCUUUAGGCUCUGUUAUUGCAUUGGAUGUACUCUGCUCGCAGCCACUAACUCCACCGAAAGAAGAGGAUUUCGAUCCUAGUAUCCAUCUCAAAUUCCCUGUAGAAAACUACUUUGGAAUGGGAUCGCCCAACGGAGUAUUCAAGUUGAUGAAGAGACAGAAUAUUAGACCCAGAGAUCGCUUUGAAGCUACUGCAGAUGAUCCUCUCUCCUUGAUUUCUGGCCCUACGUUAUCUCCAAAGGUCCGUAACGUCUACAAUAUAUUUUAUCCUACGGAUAUUGUUGCAUACAGAAUAGAACCAUUGGUUCAUACGACGAUGGCCAAAUACGAGCCAAAAUCUGUUGAAUUUGCUAAUAGAAACUUUAUCUAUUCCAAGAUCCAAUCACUUAGUAACUUCCCAGCCGGAAUUUUAAACAGUGACAUGGUAAAAUCGGUCGUUAAGAUGACCGGGUUGGACUCCCAGUAUGAAAAGGCACUACAAACAGCCACAGAAGCAGCUGAAAGUGAAGAAAAGGAGAUUGAAUUACCUCAGGUGGCUCAGAAUAUGAUGCGCAGUCUCAACAAAAAUGGACGUAUCGACUACUCAUUGCCGCAAAGCUACUUUGAAAUUGACAUUGUCAACGCAUUAGGAUCGCAUACUCAGUAUUUGAGUGACCCAGACGUGGCAAAUUUCUUAUUACAAGAGUUAUGGAGUACAGGAGAAGAGAGUAUUAAGGGUACCAAAAAGAGGGUAGAGACACCACCUACUUAA